GUGCAUUUUACCCUUUCUACUCGAAUCCGAUUAUUCCUAUUCUAAUGUUUAUUUAAUUGACCCGUCUUAUUAUCGUCUUUUUUUUUUUCUUUUUUUUUUCUCUUUUGCUUUAAACAUGGCAUUCUAUUUGAACUUGAGCCAACAACUUCAACAGUUGAAUAACAAUUCAACCACCAACGCUAUGAUACUGGAUUAUCUUUUUUACCAGUCUAUUCAGUCAAGACUACAGAAAGCACUUACAUUUGACGACGAAACAGAGUAUACCAAAGAUAAAAAUGUCAUUGAAUCUGUCAUUGAAGGCAUCCUUUCCUCCAACAAAAAGAACAAGAAUAAGAAAAUGAGUGCCAAAUUUGAACAAAGACUAAAUCUCUGCCAGCUCACCAAUCUUACAAUGGGUCGCACACAUCAUAUUACGUUCUCUGCUCCAGUUAGACGCCAUAAGCGUGAUGAUGAAGUAGCUGGACAUAAUGAACAGCUCUUCUCCAAACCAUUUUCUCCAGCUUUUUGCCGCCGUCAUCGUCGUCCAAAUUGCAGCCAAUCCCCUUGUCUUUUGGCAAAAACGGGAGGACCGGGCCUAGCUGAAGCUAUUCCUGCUUUCCUUAAAACAAGCGCUAAUAUGUUGCGCUCCGUACUUGAUAAUAACCAUGGUGAUAUUAAACCAUUAACUGUUGCAGGUCAACAAGUGAUGGGUGGUGGCAUGCCUCCUCGUUGGUAUGAUCUAUUCCUCGACUUAUUGACCCAAGCUGCUAUUCAAAGUUAUAUGUGCGAUGGUCGAACUGGUCUCGAGACUAUCUAUGAAAUUUUUUCUUAUGGCUAUGUUGAAGAUGAAGAUGAAGAAGACUAUAUUGAUGAAGAAGAAGACGAAGAGGAAUGCCAUGAAGAAGAGGAAGAAGAAGAUCAAGAUAAUAUUUGGAAUGUAAAAGCUGCAGAUCAUCAUUUACUUUUCCCAAAGACAAGAACAAUGUACUUAUUCAAAUUGCAAGUACGCCAACGUGAGAAGGAGUUUAUUCAAAUUAAACCAGGAUAUACUUUAGAGAAACAUUUUCAAGAAUUAGAAAAGCAGUAUCCACUCAUCUACUUUGAAAGAAACAUGUGCGAUUUUAUUCAAAUGAUUUUGGAGGAUAUGGAUAUACCAGCAUUAGAUAAGUGUGACACUAUGCCAGAUAUCUGCAGCCCUAUCAAAUCACCCGAGGAUUUACCUGAGCCACACUUUAUAUACAAAUAUCCUGAAGACGGAUCAUUACUCAUGCCCGAGAUGCAUGAUGAAGAUGAUACAGUUAUACCCAUGCUGAAUGAUAGCAGAAAACGUUCAACGUACGAAGCAGGCUUAUUGGAAGAAACCCACUGUAAGCAAGUUCGUCACUAAUAAUUAAAUCAUAUUUUCAACGUGUACUUAUAUAUUCCAUUCCCCCUCCCCCUUCUCCUUUUUUUUUCUGUAAAUUAAUACAAUACGGUGUCUCCCGUUAAUAAAUAUGCCUGAAAUCUUUAUCCA